AUGUCGCAAUUAUUACCUGUAGUAUGUCAUCCCUAUGAAGAAUUGGUCAGAUGUUUCAAGAAAGAUGGUCCAGGAGAAUCUGGAGCUAAAGUAAUCGAUAUUGGAUGUGGAAGAGGCACAAUAUUAAACAGACUGGGACUUCAAUUCCCAUUGAGCGAGUUCCAUGGGGUGGAAUUCUCCUCACAUGCCGUUAAAAGCGCGCGUGAAGGUGCGAAAAAUAUGGAUGCAAAGAAUGUAGUAUUUUAUGAAUACGAUGCUGCUCAACUACCUACUGAUUGGUCCAAUUCGUUCGAUUACGCAAUCGCAAUGAAUGCCAUUCAUGACCAGGCGCAUCCAUACGUCGUGUUGAAUGAGAUAUAUCGCAUUCUAAAACCGGAAGGUUACUUUUCCAUGGUGGAUGUGUUGGCGUCAUCUAAACUUGCUGACGAAAUCUCGAAUCCUGUAUCACCCAUGUUCUAUGGAUGUAGCCUAAUGCAUUGCAUGACUGUUUCGUUGCAUUUCAAGAAUGGUGCUGGUUUGGGGGCAAUGUGGGGCAAGCAAACGGCUAUGAAGAUGUUGAAAUCAACUGGUUUUGCAUGCAUGUUCAUAGAUAAAGAUCCACUAGACCCUUUUUCCUGUCACUAUUUCAGUGAAAAAUAA